AUGGGUUUGACGAAACAAUAUUUAAGAUACGUGCCAGCAGGGAAUUUGAACAUAAUCGUUAGCCCUUCGUGCAACGUCGUGUUUGUAACGCUUCAAGAGCAGGAAGGCAGAUACGUAGCAGUCGGAGCUUGCGAACACGUUUUUAUAUGGGAUUUACGUUUAGGAGAAAAGGCUCAGGUGUUGUCUGGAGACAAAGUGAACGUAACUUCCUUGGCAGCGUCUCCUAAUACUUUUCAUAUAGCAGUCGGAUAUGCGGAUGGUACUAUAAAGAUAUUCGAUUUAAGAACUGGAGAGAACGUCAGCAUAUUUGUAGGGCACAGAUCUGAGAUUACGUCCUUGGUUUAUGAUAGGAAAGGACACAGAUUAGCUUCUGGUUCAAAAGAUACGAAUAUAAUCGUUUGGGACGUAGUAGCAGAAACUGGAAUCUGUAGACUGACUGGGCACAAAGGUGUGAUCACCAAAUUAGCAUUUAUGAGAGAUCAUAACAUUAUCAUCAGCUCUAGUAAAGAUACUUUCGUUAAAUUCUGGGAUUUAGACACUGAACAUAACUUCAGGACUCUCGUUGGUCAUAGAACAGAGGUCUGGAGUCUCGCGUUAGCUAAGAAUGAUCAGUAUUUAGUAACUGGAUGCAACGAUAGUGAAUUACGUAUAUGGAAAAUAUUUUUCGUUGAACGGAGCGCAGCAAAUGUUGACGUUAAUUUACAAGAUUUGUCUAUUAUUGACGAUGUCGAAGUCAGCGAUGUGAAACAUCCUUUAAGAUGCGAGAAAGUUGGGAGUAUUUUGAGGAGCGGUCGUGGGCGAGUCGUGUCUCUCGAGGUAGACACGACUCGUUCAAUCGUAGGGUGCCAUGGUUUAAAUAACACAGUGGAAUUAUUUAAAUUUCUGCCUGAUACUAAGGUCAAAGAGAAUGUACUGAAAAGGGUUCGAAAGAAAAAAGCGAAAGCAGAAAAGACUGAUGAGAAUACAGAAAUGAAUAUCUCAGAAACGCCUACAAUAAAAGACGAAGUUACUCGACUACCCAUUAUCAAAAUACCCGUUAAAGCAAAAGGAAUAGACAUGAUAAUGGGCAGAAAUGGUGAAUUGAGAGUUUGUAUAGGACUUAACAAUAAUUCUAUCGACUUGUAUUCCCUUUUCACUGAAGAGAAAGACGCAGAAGUGAAACAUUUAAGAUCGAUAACGAAUCACGGCCACAGAUCAGACGUCCGUGCGGUUUGCUUCAGUUCCGACAAUUUAGCUUUCGCCACAGCGAGCGGUGAUUCUGUAAAAUUAUGGAACAGACCGACACUAGCUUGUCUACGUACCGUGCAAUGCGGCUACGCAUUGACAGCAACGUUCGUGCCUGGAGACAGGCAUUUAAUCGUCGGUUUAAAAGACGGGAAAAUGUUAAUUAUCGACAUCGCUUCCGGCGACGUUUUAGAAGAAGUUCCUGCGCAUUCGAAAGAACUUUGGAGCGUCACGUUGUUCCCAGAUAGGAAAGGAGUAGCCAGCGGCGGUGGAGACCAGACUGUAAAAUUCUGGAACUUUGAACUGAUCGAAGAUCCGGACACCGAAAUUAAAGCGAAAGUUCUCUCGGUUUUACAUGUGAAAACUCUGAAAUUAGAGGACAGCGUGCUGUGCGUUCGAAUUACUCCUAACAACAGAUUCGUCGCAGUCGCGUUGCUCGACUCUACUGUGAAAAUCUUUUUCCUAGACACUUUCAAGUUCUUCAUUUCUCUUUACGGACACAAAUUGCCAGUUUUAUCUAUGGAUAUAUCAAGCGACUCGACGUUGAUCGCGACUGGUUCUGCUGAUAGAAACAUAAAAAUCUGGGGUUUGGAUUUCGGAGAUUGUCACAAGUCGAUUUUCGCUCACGACGAUUCUGUAACAGGAAUAUCAUUUGUACCUGGAACGCACUACGUCUUCACUUGUGGAAAAGAUGGGAGGGUCAAACAAUGGGACGCUGAUAGUUUUAACAAAAUCGUCACGUUGCAAGGACACGCAGGCGAGGCGUGGAAUUGCACUGUUUCGCCGAACGGCGUCUACGUUAUUUCUUGCGGAUCUGAUAAGGUCGUCAGGUUGUACGAACGGAGUACAGAACCUUUGGUUCUCGAAGACGAAGAAGAGGAGGAGAGGGAACGUCAAGAGAACGAGUUAGCAACCGGAGAGAGUACCGUCGUCCCUGGACAAAAGCAGCAGUCUCUCCCUUCAAGAAAAACAGUGUCCAGCGAAAAAGGAGCAGAAUUGAUAAUGGAGUGUCUGGACGUAUCGAAAGAAUACAAAGAACAGUUAUUAGAAACAACUGCUGAUAAAACUCCUGUGCUUCCCUUGCAAAUGCAAGCCUACGAUUGUACGACUGUGGAGGAUUAUUUAUUAGAAACCGUGAAACGAAUUAGGGGAAGCGAAUUGGAAGAGACGUUGUUAUUAUUACCUUAUUCAGCGGCUUGCGAGAUUCUAAAAAUGUUACCAAAAUUAUUAGAAACCGAUUACCAUACAGAAUUAAUCGCAAAACUAGCACUGUGCUUGUUACAAGCUCACCAUGGACCAAUCACAGCUACCCAAGAACUUUUACCUAUUUUAGAAAUCGUGCAAACGCUGGCUAUUAAGAAAGUCUCAGGCCUGAGGGACAUGAUUGGUUUCAAUUUACACGGAAUGAUGCACGUACAACGAGUCGUCGAGGAGAACGAAGGGAUACAAUUUUUCAAGGACGCGACUAAGAGUCACACACGUAAAAACCGGCUCCGAAGAGAAAAGCAGAAAGCGUUAAAACGAGCAAUAAUGACUUUGUAA